CCAACGAGCCGCCGCCGCCUGUGCUCCGCCGCAGCGCCGGCCAUCCCACCCGCCCGCUGCUCGUCUCAAAACCGCGGUCUCCCUCGCUGCCUGCCCGUUCUGCCGUUUCCUGCAACCUAUAAAUCCAGCCGGAGAACCUCACCUGUCCAUCCAUCUCAUCUCACUCACACUAUUACUCAUAUAAGCUUCACUAGCUACUAAGUAGUUCACUUCCUUCCGAACCAAGCUCUCUCCCACGACACGAAGAUGUCUACGGUGACCCGCGCCUACCAUGACCAGAGGCUCGCCGCCGGCAGGCGCUGCUCCAAAGAGGCUGCCAUGGCGGGUUCCAAGGCCGCGGCCGUCGCCAUCGUCGCUGCUGUAGUGCCCACACUGGCGAGCGUGAGGAUGCUUCCGUGGGUCAAAGCACACCUCAAUCCCACCGGCCAGGUGCUCGUCAUCUCGACCGUUGCCGGGAUGGCCUACUUCAUCGUCGCCGACAAGACCAUCCUUGCCGACAAGACCAUCCUUUCCAUGGCAAGGAAUAACUCCUUCGAGGACGCGCCGGACCACCUCAAGAACACCUCCUUCCAGUAAUUAGUCCCUUGAUUAGCCAGUGCCCACUAAACUGUGUACGCAGGCCUGUACGUGUCUUCUGAAACAUAGUAGUAUACUGUUCAGCGAGGCGAUGGUUUGCAGUGCGAAAAGGUGGUGUAAAGCCCUUUUCUGCGAGCA